AGACAACUUGGUCCGUGGCUUGGCAAACUCAAUCCGAUCCCUAUAACUGCUGCUCCCCGUCACCACCUCGACUGCAAUCUUUUGUUCUUGGACUUCUUCGACCACCGUGUCUUGCAGCUCGAUUCCGCCUGGUAAUCGCGCGCAUACCGAGGCAAUGGUCGCAAAGGCUUCACCCACGGCCCUCUCGGCCAACUCGGGGGCGGAGGAGGCUGGACUCGCGGGUCCGGGGGAUUCGCAACUGCUGGCCAAACUCGGCUACAAGCAGGAACUCCGUCGCCAGUAUUCCACCGUGCAAAUCUUCGCCGUCGCGUUCAGUAUCAUGGGACUAGUGCCCUCGAUUGCAUCCACCAUAGCGUUUUCCUUACCGGCUGGGCCUGCGGGGAUGGUUUGGGGUUGGCUUACUGCGAGUAUUUUGAUUUUCUUUGUUGGAUUGGCUAUGGCCGACAUGGCAUCGGCAAUGCCCACCGCGGGAGGUUUAUACUGGUGGACGCAUUACUUUGCGGGGAAGAAGUAUAAGAAUGCGUUGAGUUUCUUGGUGGGCUACAGCAACACCAUGGGAUUGAUCGGUGGAAUGUGCUCUGUGGAUUACACUCUCUCGCUUAUGAUCCUCGCCUGCGUUUCGAUUGCCCGCGACGGCAACUGGUCCGCUUCCAACGGUACCAUUUACGGCGUUUAUGUCGGCCUGAUCCUUGUUCACGCCUUGUGUGGCAUCUUCUCGGGCCCUAUCAUGCCGCGCAUUCAGACUUUCUGCAUCUACAUCAACAUCGCCAUCAUUAUCGCCACCGUGAUCGCCCUUCCCGUGGGCAAGGUCUCCCGCGGGGAUUUCCUUAACCCCGGCAGUUAUGUCUUUGGACACGUGGACAACGACACCUCGUGGCCGACGGGAUGGACCUUCAUCCUUGCAUUCCUGGCGCCGAUCUGGUCGAUCGGAUUCUUUGACUCGUGCGUGCACAUGAGCGAGGAGGCCUUGCAUGCGGCCAAGGCGGUACCCCUGGGCAUUAUCUGGUCUUCAGGAUGUGCAUGCGUGCUGGGAUUCUUAGUGCUGAGCAUUCUGGCGGCCGUAAUGAACCAGGAUGUGGAUGCGACGAUCAAUACGGUGUUUGGACAGCCGAUGGCGCAGAUCUACUAUGAUGCGCUGGGCAAGAAAGGGGCACUCGGGUUUAUGGGCGUGCUGAUCGUGAUUCAGUUCCUGAUCGGGUUGAGCUUGAUUGUUGCUGCCUCCCGCCAGGCAUGGGCCUUUUCCCGAGACGGCGCAUUGCCGUUUUCCAACUACUUCCGUCAUGUCAGCCGGCGUAUUCGCUACCAGCCUGUGCGGGCCAUUAUUGGUCUUGUGGUGGUGUGUAUUGUCUUCGGACUGUUGUGCCUGAUCAACUCGGUGGCCGCGAAUGCACUGUUCUCGCUGUUCGUGGCGAGCAACUACGUGGCAUGGGGAACGCCGAUCCUCUGCCGGCUGAUCUGGGGAAAGGAACGCUUCCGUCCUGGCGAGUUCUACACGGGAUGGCUCAGUCGGCCUAUUGCGAUAGUAGCCGUGGUAUGGUUGGUGUUUGGAUUGAUUCUGUCGAUGUUCCCAAGCACGGGGCCGAACCCAAGCCCGUCGGAAAUGAACUACACGAUUGUGAUCAACGGGUUCGUCUGGAUUGCCUGCAUGACGUACUACUUUUUGUUUGCACGGAAGUGGUACACGGGGCCAAAGAUGACUGUCGAUGGUGUAGAGGGGGAUUCAGAUACCGAGUCGGGGAGCAAAAGCGACGAAGCUACCGUUCACUAGGUAGAUAUAGACAAAACAUCAUAUAGUCUCAUAUAGAACCGAAUAUCUCAUG